AUGGUGUACAAGUGCAGAGAACCCAAGCGUCCUUAUAUAGCAGGGUAUACAGGCUGUCUAGCUUUAAGGUAUGGAAAAAUGCUUGCCCAUAAUAGCCAGAGUCUGGCAUGGGAAUCAUGCUUGAUUUUCAAAGUUGCGGAAAAUCGUUUCAUGAUCAAUGUGAAGCUGCAAAUUAGUAAGAAAAUGGUUCAUCAACUCGUAUCAUAUCCUGAAUGGGUUCAAACUCGAAGCUUUUCAAAGCAUGUUUUGAAGAUAAAAAUAAGUGGAUUGCCAGAUGCAAUUCUUGCCCACAUUCUUUCAUUCCUUAGAACAAAAUGUGCUGUACGGACAUGCAUAUUAUCUCAUAGAUGGAACAAUGUGUGGACUUAUGUCCCAAAUUUCGAGGCAGACGUAAAUGCACUCAAAUCUGAUUCAGAUGUACAUGUGCGUGAAGCCGGGUUUGUUGAUAGAGUACUUCUGUUCCGGAACGUGUCAAACAUUCACAAAUUCCAUCUUGGUUGCCUUGGAAUUGAAGAUUAUUUUGAUCGUGUUGUUGCUUGGGUUUGCACUGCCAUUAGGUGUAAUGUUGUGGAACUUAAACUUGAUCUUUGGACAACACCCUCAAAUUCCUACACAGGUUGUCUUAAGUUGCCUACAAGCAUUUUCAUUUGCAAGACACUUGUAGUUUUGAAGCUGGUACUAACAGAUCAUGUUGUUGCUAUCCCUCCCCAAUCAAAUUGUUUUCCAAGCCUCAAGUACCUUGAGGUUCAGCUGUGUUUUCGUGCUUAUGCUGACUCAGUGGCCAAAUUGCUUUCCUGUGGUUUCUCUGCACUAGAAAAUUUGAUUAUACACGGAAAUCUCGGGAGAAUUAGAAAGGAAGUCUUGAAUUUAAAUAUCUCUGCUCCUAAACUCAAAAGUCUACAUAUAAAAUUCUGUGCUGUUCAUGAGGAUGACCCUUUUGCCAGUGACGGAGGAUAUGAGUACAAAAUUUUUGUUAAUGCUAAUGCUCCAAAUCUUGAGAAGUUCAAUGUCAAGUACCUUUUGGCAAGCUAUUCCUUGAAGAAUUUGGAGCUCUGUCUUCAAACAUGCUGCUCUUGGCAAUCACUGCCAAUUUUUCUAAAUGCGUCACCCAAUCUGGAAUAUCUUGUUUUGGAGAAUAUGAUACUGAUGGUGAUACAGACGAUCCUGAAGAUUAUGAUUCUGACAAUUAUGACGAAGAUGACUCGGUACAUGAAUGGUUCCCUCCCGGCUCCCGCGGUUGUUCCUAUAUGUUUGUUGUCAUGCCUAAAGACUGUUUACAUACGAGAAUUUCGAGGAAGGAUCGAUGAAGUGGAAGUUGCAGGAUACUUGUUGAAGCAUGUGAAGGUCUUAAAAAAGGUGACAAUUCAUACUUCUAACAUCAGUCAAGAAUCCGUAAUGGAGUUGUGGCAGACAUUUUCAAGCCUCCCUAGGGGUUCAAAGACUUGUGAAAUUGAAUGGAUCCUUCCAAAGUUGUGAGCUUCAUAUCUUUUGUGAAAUGAAAUCGAAUUUUGCAUUUGCUUUGUAGGAUAAUCAUAUCAAAUCAGUUUCACUUUUGAAACUCACUUAUGAGAUUGCUUUGUAUUGAAAAAUCCCUUUUGCUCUCUGUUGGAACUUUUGUAAGGACUCAUGCACCAGUUCUGUGCAGUGUGCACUUUACCUUAUGAAAUAAUUACUACUUCCACAAAAAGUUCAUUCACUAUCUGAAUCAUCUUCUGUUAUCAAGCUUGUGAAUUGUGAUUACUAGCAAGAUUCUUUCUGAAGAG